AUGGCAUCCUUACAAGAAGCAUUGCAAUGCCUCUCCCCCACAACAUGGGACAGCAUUCCUACCGACCCCGCCAAACUACGAGACUACAUCAACGACAUCUCCUCCAAAGCGCGCCUGAUCGUCGACUCUGUACCCGAGACCGCCCCCUCCCACAAACAAACCCGCUACGCCUUCGAGUCCAGCUCCCUCGCCGCAUCGCGCAUCACCCCCUCCCCCGCCCGCACAGGCUCCACAGAUCCCAAAAUCGCAUCCCUCCAGCGCGAAUGGGGCAAGCCCAUUAAGAUCACCAGUUCCAAGGAGAACCCGCUCGAGAUCCCCGUCUACAAAGUGCAAGGCGGCGAUGGCAAGGGCCACUGGUUUGGUCGCCGGAGCGUGCACGAGGGGCUUCCCUUCUCGAGGUGGAAGAGUAAGCUGGCGAGCGAGAUGGACGAGACGCUUGAGGCGAACCAGGCGCGGGUACGGAAGGGGCGGGUCGCGGACCAGGCGGUUCGGGGGAUCGGGGCGGAGCGGCUGAUUGAGCGCGUGACGGUGAAGGACGAGGACGGGGAGAGGGUUCUGGGCACUGUGAAUGUGUAUCAUGUCUCUGCGCAGUUUCCGAAGCCGACUACACCGCGGGAUUUCGUGACGCUUAUUAUUAACUGGGAGACGGAGGUGAAUGGGGGCAGCGAGGCUGCUGGUGCUGGCGCGGAGGCUCGGCGACGCGGCCGCAAUUGGAUGAUGGUGUCCAAGCCCUGUGAGCAUCCGGAUGCGCCGCCGAGGCAGGGGUAUAUUCGGGGUCAGUAUGAGUCCGUGGAGUUUAUCCGGGAAAUUCCGGUCGACAAGCCUUCAGUGCAGGACGUGCCGCAUGGAACGGCCGUUUCGCCGGCCAGGAGCGAGGACAAUCUGCUUCGACAAGGUGCCUCUGCGGAUCCAGCUGGGCAGAAAGGGGCUGUUGACGACAAAGUCGGUCGUACGCGAGGAAAGAUGGAGUCGGCGGUUCUGGAGAAACGCGAUGAGGAGACAGCCAAGCAUAAUGAUGACCUUGACCGGAAUGAUGAAGAAGAUCCAUGGCCAGUGGAGUGGAUAAUGGUGACCAGGAGCGAUCCAGGUGGCAAUAUCCCUCGUUGGAUGGUGGAGAAGGGGACUCCCAAGAGUAUCUGCACCGACGCCAUCAAGUUUAUCGAUUGGGCUUGCCGCGACACGACCACGCCAGACAAGGACGAGCGCGACGGCCAUGGACGAGAGUCUUCAGAGAAAACGAUGGAAAGGUCGUCGGUGGACGGCGACGCGCAAGUUAGUACCGACUCGGACUACACGGAAUAUGAAGAAGAGGAACAUCAUGGCCUGAUUGCAAGUUUCGCAUAUCUUCUCAACGCAGGGCUGGAGCGGUAUGCGCCACGGGCAGUCCUAGACUAUCUACCACACCAUACGCGCGAAUCCUCAGCCCAAUACAGUUCCUCUGAAGAUACCGACGGACCCAGUGAUAAAGAUCCCCCAUCGAACGUUGGCGCUGCGAAUAGCAAUGGUGGCACAGAAGGCCUCGAAAAAGAUGCCACUACCAACGCUGCCGAUGCUGCGUCGCAAACCUCGCUGCCGGUAGCGACCAACUCGGUGCCUACGACUCCGCUCUCGGAACUCGCCCACGAAAACAUCUCUCCGGUGGAAGUGAUCAAGAUGAACAAAAAGGGCAAGCUUUCCUCCCACGAGAAGCAACUCGCCAAGCUGGCACAGCGGAAACGCGAGGUCGAAGCUCAACUGGAGACCAUCAGGAACGAGAUCCAAACACUCCAACUCGGUUCUUCCCCCGAGGUGGAUACCAAGAAGGCCCGAGCUGCUGCUGUUGGCGAUUCUGGCGUAAGUGAUCAAGCCAGCAGCAGCAUUGCCAGUACCGAUCUACAGCAGGGCGCGGUUGAAGGCGCUCCUUCAUCAAACAACAGCCACCAUAAGCAUAAGACUAACAUCGAAACAGCGCACUUGCACAAGGUCGCAUCCGGCUUAUUCCAGCAGGAAUCGAAACUCCUCAAGCAGCUCGGAAAGAUCGAAAAGAACCAGCUCAAAGAAGCCUCGAAAAUAGAAGCGCAGCAGCGCAAGAACGCCGACCGCGAGGAGAAGUCGCGGUCUAGGGCGGACACGGAUGCUCUACGGCGGGAGGUGGAUACGCUGAAAAAGGAGGUCGAGCGGCUGCGGUCAGAGAGGCAGAAAUGGCUAGACCUGAUUGCGUCGCUGCAGGCCGAGAAUACCAGGUUGGCGGCACGCCAGGGUGGUGGAGAGGGUCAAUAG